AUGGAUUCUAAAGAUCUUAAAUAUUAUCACCGUCAUGAGCUUGACGCAAAAGAUUUACUUCAUAAAUUCUUUUCUCCUAAAUCUGAUAAACUACUUCUAGAGGAAAGCACGGCAAUCCCCAUGAAAUAUCUAUAUAAAGAGUUUUCAUCAGGUCGUAUUAAAGGGGACUCAUUGAUUGAGUUCGGUUACGGUCCCUGUAUUCAUCAUCUCCUUGCGAUUUGUGAGUUCGUCAAAGAAAUAACCUUACUAGAAUUCAACGAUGUAACCAUCUCGGAAUUGGAAAAAUGGCUAAACAACCAUGAGGAAUCCUUUGACUGGUCCCAUGCGUCAAAGUUAAUGAUAGACCUGGAGGGAAAAAGUGGUGGGUGGCAGGAAAAGGAAGAAUUGUUAAGAGGAAAAAUUAAACAAAUCCUAAAAUGUGAUAUUACUAAAGACAAUAUCACAGAUCCAGUGGUGCUGCCGAAAGCAGAUGUUAUCAUAUCUAUGUGGGGGCUGGAUAUCCUAAGCACAACUAAAGAUGAAUAUGUCAAAAAUUUGAGAAAAAUAGCCUCUUUGCUGAAACCAGGCGGCCGUAUGAUAUUGGUUUCUGAUAUUAAUGUUACAUUUUAUAUGGCUGGAGGGCACAAAUAUGGUAUCUUAACUUACGAUGAAGAAUUUCUCAAAACUACUUUAAAAAAUGAAGAGUUUGUUAUUGAAACCUAUGAAGCUUACGAUAGGAAAGCUGAUUAUGACGUCAUUGAUCAUGAGAAAGUUAUCUAUAUCACAGCACUUAAACAGAAGUAA